AUGAGGUAUCUACUGUUGUUGCUAAUAUUCCUACUCUCAUCGACAUCACGACAAUCUAUUCUUUCAUCUUCAUCACCGUUGCCAAAGAGCCAAUUUCUAUGCCUCGACCACCAGAGAUCUGCCUUGGUGCAACUGCGGCAAGAUGUUCUAAACCAUUCCUCUCCUCCUGUUACAUAUGAAGAAAACUCUUCAAUGAAAGUUUUGCAAUGGGACCUGGAAAGUGAUUGUUGUUCUUGGGAAGGUGUCACCUGCGACGCUAUUCCGACGGAGAUUUCUCGCUUGACAAAGUUAAAAUCUCUUGACAUAUCUACCAUUCCAUUUUGUGAACGUCCACUGAACUUUGAUGGCCCAGACUUUAUUCGCGUAUAUGAAUUUGAAGAGCUACACCGGCUCAAACUUGAAGAACCGAACCUCCAGAUGUUUGUUCAUAACAUGAAUAAUCUCACAGAGCUCAACCUAGAUAAUGUAGACCUCUCAGCUCAAGGUCCUAUUCAUUCUUCCUUCUCGCAGCUACAAUCUAUAUCCCACAUCAACCUCGAGGUCCCAAACCUUGCAUUCCUUCUCUUAUCUAGCAAUCUUCUCAAUGGAGUGAUAUAUUCCUCGUUGUUUACUCUCCCAUCGCUGCAAGGCUUAUGUCUUGACAACAACCAUUUCAGCGGUCAGCUUGAGGAGUUCUCAAAUGCAUCUUCUUCAGAGUUGAAAUGUCUAUAUUUUAAUGGAAAUGAUUUGAGUGGUCCAAUACCAAAGUCAAUCUCGAAACUCCCAAGGCUUGUCUAUCUCGAACUUGCUGCUAACAACUUUUACGGUACCAUGAAGCUUGACAUCUUCCAGAGCCUCAGAAACUUGAAUUCUCUCGACCUCUCAGACAACAAAUUGUCAAUUGAAGGUGACAAUGGUAGCUUUAUGCUUCCCAAUCUUGCCGCCUUGAAACUGAGUAGGUGCAACUUGACUGAAGUUCCAAAGUUCCUCAAAAAUCAAGUUGGGUUAAAGACUCUGAACCUUUCCAACAACCAAAUCCAUGGCAGCGUUCCCAGUUGGAUACGGAACAGCGGCAGUCUUUAUGAGUUGGAUCUUUCUCAGAAUGCAGUUGAUUUCCUUGAACAACCUCUUCUGGAUGACUCAAACCAGAGUAAAACGGUCAUUGAUGGCG